CCGUCCGCCGCCCGCCUCUCGGUAGAAUGACUCGGCAGUCCGCGAGAGCAGCCCGGCAUGACACUGCACCUUGAGCCAGUCUUUGUUUUUGUUUAGCAAGUAGCGGGCGAACAGCGAGCACCGCGGAGGGACAUAGCCAGCCCGCCCUUGCUGCAUGACGGCCGAGUCCAGGGGCGACGCCGUUGCACACGUGCUGCAGCUGUGUGUGUGUAUGUGUGCAUGUGUGCGCGGGUGUGUGUGUAUGUGUGUGGGUGCCACUGAUGUUGCCUGGUGUUGUGGGCCCAUAAGAGCAGUGUGUGCUGCGUGAGGUGGCCGCGGCCGUGCUCCACCCCACUAAGCAACAGGGCCGGCGGUCUUUGGUGUGAUGACAAACAGGGCUGGAGGACUGGAGGAGAACGUCGCUCGCUCUGUUCAGUUAUCCUUCCGUGAUCGGGCGAGGAACAUGUGUUGGCGGCGGUGAGAGUGACGCGAAUCUAAAACAAGGAGGUCCACGGGAGUGCUCUUUUGUUCUCUAGCGCCGCCGCCCGGAGAUAUACCUUGCCAUCUAGAGCGACGAGGCCGAAGCCGCAGUCAUCGAGAGAACCAUGAAAACGCACUCGUGCGUCGUAUGCGGAGACCCCGCCCUUUUCCUUCAGCCGAGCGCCGCCCUCGUCUGCGACUCCUGCAGGGCCUUCUUCUGGAGGAGUGUCGUGGACGCAAAUUACAAAGACUUCGCCUGCGCCAGAAGCUGGGGCUGCAUGGUCACAGUCUCAGCGAGGAGAGCUUGUCAAGCCUGCAGAUUUUUUAGCUGUCUGCGAGCGGGGAUGGACAUCUCGCGGGCCAAGAGAGAGGAGGAGGAGACUCCUGGACCUUCGCGCUCUCCUCAUGCAAGUCCCUCAUGCAGCACGGAGACAAAAGGCCCCGGAGGAGCCGCCAGCGCCUUCGCCAGCAGUUCCCGAGGUUCCCCUCGGGCGCCCGGGUCUCUGGGGCCUUCAGAGCCUUCGGUGAGCCCGCACUUGAGGUCUAGUCAUUCUACCAUUCCGCUCGCAGCGUCCCACUUCAGGGCCGGACACCAUUCCUCCGGCCCUUGCGGGUCCGGUUCGGGUCCUAACCCCCGCGUCUUCGUCGCUCCUGGCGGUGCCCAGCGCUCGGUCAUCACGUCGAGCUCGUCGAUUCGGGAUCCCUUGUCUGCUCCUGUUAAGACGGAGGAUUCACCUUCUUUUAAGUAUCCUGCGCGACUUGAUCCUGCGCGGUCUGUCAUUCAGAGCGUCCUGGGGUCAUCGUCGACGCCGUUUCGUCCGCCAAGGAGCCAGGAGAGAAGACGGAAAUCGGCGCAGGGAGUCGCGGGUUCGGGUCCGAGUGAAGUAGCUUCGAGUGGACAGAACAACAGUAAUACGACGCCUCCUCCUGUACUUAACAUGAAAGAUCUGGAGUCUCUACUGACGCGCGAAGAUUACACGGACCUGAAGGAGCUGGAGGAGUCCUACCACCGAGCGUUCGAGAACAUUUCCGUGCCAAUGGAGAACCGCAUGAUCAAGCCGGACGAACUGAGCAAACUGUAUAGCUUCUUCAUCAAGCGGCGCGCCAACUUCCUGGUGAGCACGUCGCUGUACAGCACCCUAGUCCCCGCGGAUCGGCCGAAGCUCCUGAGGAUCGCGGUGUCCAUGUGCACCUACAUCACCGGCGCCCACCUCAUGGACACACGGAAUUAUAUGUGGCCAAAGCAAGGAGAGGCGGCGGCCAGCCCCUCAACCCCCAUGCUGUCUGCCGCCACCAUCCGCCAGUACCUGUCGCACGAGCAGUUCAUUCGCCUCAUGCGCUUCUACGUCAACUACUCCUCGUAUUACUGCGACGAGCGAAUAGCCAUCAUGAUGCAGGUAUUGUCCCUGGCCUAUCCGGAGACGGGGCUGGAGGAUCCUGCCGUGGUGGAAGAAGGCAGGAGGCGCUAUGGCGGCCUACUGUCGCGUUACCUGCUGGCAGUGUACGGCCCCGAGGCGGGGGUUAGCAUGUUCAGGGCGCUCCUCAGCAGCCAGGUCGAGAUGAGGCAGCUGGUGGAGAUUAACCAGCACGUGGAGCUGGUGCCUCGGGUAUCCAGACAAGAGGACACGAACGCCGGGGCGGUGCUGAACAAAGGGAUCCAGCUGGUGUGUGACGGCGCCAUGGAGAUCAUCGAUCAGCUGAUGAAGCAGCAGGGAAGCAGCCACGAGAACAGCCUCAUCUCGGAGCUACAGCAGAGAUCUCGCGCGCUCGCGGUGGUCAGGCCCGAAAGCGAGGCGAAAGUGGACGACCCCGAGCACCUGGUUGUGAUCAAAGACGUGCUGCGGCGUCUGGCCAACUGCAAUGACCCGAAACUCCUGGCGGAUGCCCGGCGAAUCAUACCCACGGAUCUCUUGAAACAGUUUCAUAAAAUGCUCGAGUGAGAAGGGAAUUCUCUGUUUCGAGACAUGACAGGGUAUGUGGCGAAUGAGUGUAAAAUAAACAGAAAUGGUGAUAAAAGUAAAUCAAUCAAUCAAUAAAUAAAUAAAAGAAGACUGAUGAUAACGCUGUUGCAGUUUAGGCAAUAUAAUAUUACGGAACAAUUGUACCAAAGGUCUAAAGAAAUUUGACAUACAAAUGAAACCGAAUUAAAAGUCCGUGCCACCUUGCAUUUAUUCAUGCAUUGUGUUGCGUUUGUGAGCGUAUGCUGUGUAUAUUAUGAGGUUGGUGUAUGUGUAUCGUGAAGUGUGGAACUAAAGCAUUAUUUUGUAUUUU